GGGGAAGAGAUGGACACUGCGGAACCCAGAUCUCAAAGCGUCUUUUGCGCUGGGUGGUGAGUCUGCUUAACAAACUCCAAAAGUGAAGUCAAAACAUGUCGCAGCUCUCCACGAUCACCCUCUUCUUGUUACCAUGGAUUCCAGCCUUUCUCUGUAAGGUUACCACGGAGGAAGAGUUUUCCGUCCUGGAGGGGGGCUCCCUCACCAUCCCCUGCCACUACGAGCCCCAGUACGCCAGCUAUGUGAAAUACUGGUGCCAGGGGCGGACCAGGGACUUCUGCACGUCGCUGGCUCGAACCGACGACCACCACCUGGUCGAUCCGGCCGAGAAGAAAGUGAGCAUUUUCGACGACCCGGUCCAGCUGGUGUUCACCGUGACCAUGACGGACAUGAAGGAGGGCGAGUCGGGGUGGUACAUAUGCGGCGUGGAGAUAGGUGGCGUGUGGGAAGCCGACGACGUCGCUUAUACAGACGUAAAAGUGGUUCACGGCAUGUCAGCUGUGAACAGCAGGAUGAGUGGAGCCGAGGGAAGCGCCGUCACAAUCGAAUGCCUCUACAGUGAGAGAUACAGAGGAAGCGAGAAGAAAUGGUGUCGGAGUGGCGACUGGAGAUCCUGCCUGUCGACAGGUUCUGACGGGAGCUACGAAGACUCCUCCGUGGCCAUCAGAGAUGACAGAACUGGGGCUUUCACCGUAACCUUUAAGAAGCUGCAGAUGAAAGACACGGCGUGGUACUGGUGUUCCGCAGGGCAGCAGCAGACAGCCGUGCACGUGCUGGUCACACCCCAACCCACCACCGUUCCACCAGUGUCGAGCCAGUCCUUUGCAGACCUGCCUCCAGCCAAACCCAUCACUAGGGAGACCUGGAGCAGCCACAGUCACAUGUUGGCAUCUGUGGUGGUCUGUUCAUCUGUCAUUUUCCUGGCUGUCGUGGCCAUAUUGGCCAUAAAGUUCUGGAGGCUGCACAAGAGAGACCGGGUUCCAAGAGACGUCGAGGAGAUGAGGGCGAAAUUCAGCGGCUGCUCAAGAGAAGCAGGUGACUUUCAAAACGCGGCAGUACUUUUCCUUCCCAACAAGGAUUCCCAAGAUGUGCUCGUGUACUGAUAUCUGAUGUUCUGCGACGUUUAUUGUUACUUUCACAAACCGAAUGUAAUGUUGUUCUUUUUUAUUUCCUUCCACUUGUCAGAGCAUGCACCCUCAAUGUCACUGUUUUUCCUUUUGCAUUGUGCGCCACAGUACACGCUCGUCGUGCGCUGCUUCCUACAGUUCAGCUUUUACAAAUUUGCACCGCUUUCAUGCAUAUUUUCCAAAAAGAAAAACCCGGAUGAUGUUCACGUUUGGUUCAAAUCUGCCUUUUGUACUCAACAAAUGACUCAUCUAUGCAAUCAAUUCUGUCUGAAACUGGUUCAGGAAGUUCAGAGGGUAAUUUGAUAAUUUUAUUACCAUUUUUAGUUUAUUUAAGGGGAAUCUUGUGAUCAUAACUUUAUAAUCAGUGGGGAAAAAAACUUUGUCGGCUUUACAGCUGCAAGCUUUAUUAGGUGAUAAUAAGCAUAUUUUGCAUGUUUUCUUUGGUGUUCGGAGUAUUAUAUUUUUGGUGUUGAGCUUUAUGGCUUUGAUCCAUGUCAGGACUUUGGCUGGUCCACUCCAAAGUAUUCAAAUUACUUCCAGUGAAAAUCGAACAUGUUGCUAAGCUCAGAAGAUUCAACUUUUUUCUCUCCCUGCAGUCAGUCACACUGCCUCUAGUAGCCUCAGCAGUGUAGGAGUCUCGCAAGUUAUCUUUCUGGAAGAAAUUAUCUUCCAUGUUAGGUAAAACAUUUUGGACCAGAGGGUUGUUGAGCAGGAGAAACGACAUAACUGCUUUUUAAAUGCGUCAAGAGGCUAAUUUUGAACUUUUAACAACCACUUCGUCAAUACCUGAACCACAACCCAACACCCAACUGACUUUAAUGAGCUUCACCAUUUCUGAUAAUAAUAAAACUAAAAAAUAAAAUAAAAAGUGUGUAUAAAUAUUAAUUUGGAAUCAUGCCCAGAGCUCGCUGGAACAAAAUCGAGUUGCUUUUGAUUCCUUUUGCUCACAAAAUAUGGGCCAUGGGAACCUCUGAAUGAGAAAGGGUCACGGCUGCCCAACCUACGCAAAUGAGAUCAUAACAUUAUUUGAAACUCUGCAUUGAAUAUUGCUGGUUACAAAUUGAUCAACCCCCCACAACCCCUUCUUUAUUAUCAAGCUAAAAGCAAAAACGAAGGGCGGGAGGAGUUAGUCCAGUCCAUUACACAGAAUUUCUUUUGCAUCAUGCAGACGACCUGGAAUGUGUGAGAUUUUUAUUUAAUGAGGCCGUGCCUGCAGGAUGCAUAAUGCUACCAGGUCAUCCCCCCCUAGCACAGCUCUGCAGUGCGAGCUUUUUGUUCCACCCGGGAUGAUCUCGUUUCAUAUUAUUACUAGGUUUGUUUAGCGUACACGUAUUUGGACGCUUCAUCAACCGAAUGGAUUUUUUUCUUUCUUUUCUACCCAAUUCAACCCUAUGAUUAUGUAUACUGCAUCAUUUAUCAGCGGGGAGCUGGUUGGUGUUUUAGCGCUUCCUCUCUCCCCUCCUCAUAUAAAAUCUAUAUUUUGCUAAAUAAAAAUGUGCAUAUUU